GUCAGCCCAGCCCUCCUCCCUCUUUUCUUUUCUUUUUUUUUUUUUCUUUCCCCUUUUCUUUUCCUCCCCCCUCCCCUCCCCUUCCUCCUUCUCCUCCCCCUCCCCCUGAGAGCGUAGCCGGGGCUCGGGCUCGCUCCCUCCCCCCUUUCCCUCCCCUCGAGCUGCUGCCGCGGUAGGGACCUGGAGAGAGGCGCCGCCUCCGCCGCCGCCGCACACGGAGACAUGUACCCGGGAGCCACCUCCGCCGGACCCGUGCUUGCACCUCCUCCACCACUGCCACCACCAGUACAGGGAUAUGCCUUUAAACCCCCUCCUCGACCAGAUUUUGGCACUUCUGGGAGAACAAUCAAACUGCAGGCCAACUUCUUUGAAAUGGACAUUCCUAAAAUAGAUAUCUACCAUUAUGAGUUGGAUAUAAAGCCAGAAAAAUGUCCUAGAAGAGUUAACAGAGAAAUAGUGGAGCAUAUGGUUCAGCACUUUAAAACCCAGAUUUUUGGGGAUCGCAAGCCAGUGUUUGAUGGAAGAAAAAAUCUUUAUACAGCUAUGCCGCUUCCCAUUGGGAGAGAUAAAGUGGAGCUGGAGGUCACGCUGCCAGGAGAAGGAAAGGACAGAAUAUUUAAGGUGGCUAUAAAGUGGAUGUCCUGUGUGAGUUUGCAGGCUUUACAUGACGCUCUUUCUGGUCGGCUGCCAAGUGUCCCAUUUGAAACCAUCCAGGCACUGGAUGUAGUGAUGAGGCACUUGCCUUCCAUGAGAUAUACUCCUGUGGGGCGAUCUUUUUUUACAGCGUCAGAAGGGUGCUCAAAUCCAUUGGGUGGUGGUAGAGAAGUUUGGUUUGGCUUCCAUCAAUCAGUCAGACCUUCGUUAUGGAAAAUGAUGUUAAAUAUUGAUGUAUCUGCAACCGCAUUUUACAAAGCACAGCCAGUUAUCGAGUUUGUAUGUGAAGUUUUGGACUUUAAAAGUAUUGAAGAACAACAAAAACCUCUGACAGAUUCCCAAAGGGUAAAGUUUACCAAAGAAAUAAAAGGUCUAAAGGUGGAGAUAACACACUGUGGACAAAUGAAAAGAAAGUACAGAGUGUGCAAUGUCACCAGACGACCAGCAAGUCACCAAACAUUCCCACUUCAGCAGGAGAAUGGACAAACUGUUGAAUGCACUGUAGCUCAGUAUUUUAAGGACAGGCACAAAUUAGUUUUACGCUAUCCUCACCUUCCAUGUUUACAAGUUGGACAGGAGCAGAAACACACAUACCUUCCUCUUGAGGUGUGCAACAUAGUGGCAGGACAAAGAUGCAUAAAGAAACUCACUGACAAUCAAACUUCCACUAUGAUUCGAGCAACUGCCAGAUCAGCACCUGACCGUCAAGAAGAGAUUAGCAAAUUGAUGCGGAGUGCGAGUUUUAAUACCGACCCUUAUGUUCGUGAAUUUGGAAUAAUGGUCAAAGAUGAAAUGACAGAUGUGACCGGUAGAGUCCUACAGCCUCCUUCAAUCCUCUACGGAGGCAGGAAUAAAGCAAUUGCUACACCAGUUCAAGGAGUCUGGGACAUGAGGAAUAAACAGUUUCACACUGGAAUUGAAAUAAAGGUUUGGGCAAUUGCAUGCUUUGCUCCCCAGCGCCAAUGCACUGAAGUUCAUCUUAAGUCCUUUACAGAACAACUGAGGAAGAUUUCCAGAGAUGCAGGAAUGCCAAUCCAGGGGCAGCCGUGCUUCUGUAAAUACGCGCAGGGAGCUGACAGUGUGGAGCCCAUGUUCAGACAUCUCAAGAACACUUAUACUGGGCUGCAGCUUGUUGUAGUAAUUUUGCCUGGAAAAACACCAGUCUAUGCUGAGGUGAAGCGUGUUGGCGACACUGUGCUGGGAAUGGCGACGCAGUGCGUUCAGAUGAAAAAUGUGCAAAGAACAACACCGCAAACUCUGUCUAACCUUUGCUUAAAAAUAAAUGUCAAAUUAGGAGGCGUAAAUAAUAUUUUACUGCCACAGGGAAGACCACCGGUAUUUCAACAGCCUGUCAUAUUCCUUGGUGCAGAUGUAACUCAUCCGCCAGCUGGAGAUGGAAAAAAGCCUUCCAUUGCUGCAGUUGUAGGAAGCAUGGAUGCUCAUCCUAACCGAUACUGUGCCACUGUUCGGGUCCAGCAGCACCGCCAAGAAAUCAUCCAAGAUUUGGCUGCCAUGGUCAGGGAGUUGCUUAUUCAAUUCUACAAAUCAACUAGAUUUAAACCAACUCGUAUAAUCUUCUACAGAGAUGGCGUUUCUGAGGGGCAGUUUCAACAGGUUCUCCAUCAUGAAUUGCUGGCUAUCAGAGAAGCAUGCAUUAAAUUAGAAAAGGAUUACCAGCCUGGAAUUACAUUUAUAGUUGUGCAGAAAAGACAUCACACCAGACUCUUCUGUACAGAUAAAAACGAACGGGUUGGAAAAAGCGGAAACAUUCCAGCUGGUACCACAGUGGACACAAAAAUCACCCAUCCAUCCGAGUUUGACUUUUACCUGUGUAGUCAUGCUGGUAUUCAGGGAACAAGCAGACCUUCUCAUUACCAUGUCCUCUGGGAUGACAAUCGUUUCUCUUCAGACGAACUGCAGAUUCUUACCUACCAGCUGUGUCAUACGUACGUACGCUGUACUCGUUCUGUUUCCAUCCCUGCACCAGCAUAUUACGCGCACCUGGUUGCCUUCAGAGCCAGGUAUCAUCUGGUGGAUAAAGAACACGAUAGUGCUGAAGGAAGCCACACUUCCGGUCAGAGUAAUGGCAGAGAUCAUCAAGCACUUGCUAAAGCAGUUCAAGUUCAUCAGGACACGUUGCGCACUAUGUACUUUGCUUGACAUGUUUUAAUGUUUAGCGACUCAGUACAAUACAGAGUUGGAUUCACAUGAGACCAGCUGCACUUAGACCAACAGUUGCCCAAGCUACAGUGACAGCCAGCAAUGAGUGAUGCAUCUUAAUAUUUUUUUUUUCCCAUUUGCAAGAAAGCCUUCCGUCCAGAAUUUCAGACUUGAUUACGAACUGCAUUCUUGUACCAAACCCCGCUAUUGUUGGAAAUGUAGUUUGCCAAAAAAUCUCUAAGCUGCUUGGUAUAAAACAGACCCAUAUUUUAUAAUAAAAUCAAGAGCUGUGAUCUCAGGGCUUAGGGGAAAAAAAAAACCCAACCAACAACAACCCAACCCACAAAACUCCUCAUUCAGUUUGCUAUUCAUUGAAUUGCUUUUAGUAAUUUGGAAAGAUCUAAUUAAUACUAAAGUUGAUGGGCUAAAAUGCUGUGAAUUAGCUUUUAAUACAAAGGAAAGCAAAGCAUUUUUUGACUGUUUAUGAAGCCUUGACUAUUCUAGAUGCAUUUACGAAAUUUUUAUUUUCAAAAGGAGAGAGUGACAAAAUCCUGGUUUUCAACUGUCUUAAAGAUUAUUCUCUGUGUGUCUAAGGGCAAAUGUAUUUUCUGAAGCUUGUUCUUGAAUGUUUUUUAUUGUGCUGCAUUUGAAAAUGUUUUUCAUAGACUAAAGAAGAAUUUUAAAAAAGAACGAACUUGUACCUAAGCUUUUAAUAGGUCCAGUUAGAUUGGCAAAAGAAAAUGUGCCAUUUAAAAAAAAAAAUUUGUAAAGAAUUUUUUUUUUAAACCAUACUGACAGCUAACUUUAGAAUUUGUCAUACAGGACUGUGACACUUACUUUCCAAAGUCUCUAAAAAAUACGGGUCUGUGGUGAUAAAUACAGUACAAUCCUUUUUCACUGUUGUUUGAGUUAAUGUAAAUUUUAUAUAUGUUUCACAGUAUUAAUGUCAUAGACUAGAUGCUAUUAUUUAUUUUUAUUUACUAAGGAAUGCUCAUUAUACUUCUGUUCACAUAUCGAGAAUGCUUUGGAUUUAGAAAUUAAAACCUUAUUGUGAGGACAUUACUAUUCAAAUGCAAAAAUAUGCAAUUGACUUUGAUGUGAGAGUUCAGAGAUGCAUACAGUGUAUAUUGUAUAGCUUGUAAUUUGCAGAAAGGCUUUUUAAGCGUGCACACAACAUAGCAGGUUUUACCUGUGCAGUUCAGAGACGCACACAAGACCAACAUUCUACGUUCAUUCAAGCACAAAACAAUUGUAUUUUAUUUAUAUGUUGAAUAUUGGUGAAGCAGGAGCUCUAAUAGAGGGGAGUGGCUCACUGUUUGUAAUUUAGACAAAGUCAGAGAAUCUAUGCAGUAAAGAUAAAUCUUAGGAAACUGAAGUUUACUUAUGAAGGGAGGUGAAACUCUCUUCAUUAUGCAUAAGGUCAAUAGUAAAUGUGAGAGUUUUGCCAUUCUCUUAGGAGAAGCAUUAAUUAAAACUGAUAAUUAUUAGACAAAUGCUUCUGUUAGUUUGCACACUGGGUUCAUAAAAAAACCAUAAUUCAUAUGUAAACCAUUGCACUAAUUACAAUGCCACAAACAGGUUUAGACGGAAAUGGAGAAAGCCCAGGAAACUUGUUUAUGCUGACUUGAUUUUGUUUCUUUUUCAUAAGAGAACUGAAAUACAUGCUAAGAGGCAGGUUUUUAAAAUUUCAUUCUUUUCCACUGAUUCAUUUUGCUUCAUCUUUUCCCUUCUCUUAGCAGAUGCUCAGUCACUGUUUUGAAUACAUUUACCUCUAGCCACUGAGAUGGGCGAGUAGCUUUAACCAAACAGAGGUCUGUGCCAUAUAACGAAUAGACUAUAACCGGUUGCUGUUGAAUAAGCUAGAAAAUGCCCAACCUUUGCUGCAUAAAGCGUUUUAGGUACAUAACUUUGUGCAAGUUCAACUCUUCACCUUGUAGCAGUGUGUUGGUUGGUGGUGGUGUUUAGGUGAAAUAACAGUGUAAAACCUCUUAAUAGAUUAAUUGUAUUUGUAUUACUCUAAUUCAGUGAUUAGGCUGCUGGGUCAGAUCUUCUUCUUGGUCAUAGUUAUGGAAAUCCAGCUUUUCAAUUACGCUGGUAUAACAGAAAGCAAAUUCUAGGUCGCUUUGUCUUAUCUUUCUGUGUUCCAGCCAGGUUGUACAUACGUCCCCUAAAAUACCGCUAAACCACAAAAGCUUUUCCACAGUGGGUAUGUUGUACUUCUCUCUGCAUUUGCUUGAGAAGUUUCAGAUUUCAGUGAAGAUUUUAAUUCGGCAGAGUUUUAUAUAAGAAUUAUUUUUUAUAUGAAUUAUUCUUAACAAGUAGGGAAAAGAUUAACCAUUUUAAGAUGCCAUUUAGUUUAUUUGUUCUUUGUUAUAGAGAGACCUCUUGGAUGUGAAAUCCAUUCUCCUGUUUCCUCUCUGCACAGAUCUGGAAUAAAUGACUUUAUACAGGUGGUCAGAUGGUGUGAGGAGGGCAGAAUCUGUCUUAACCUCAAAUCUUAUUUCUGAAGUAGACUGUGGGACUUCACUGCAUCCCAUUUGGGAUGUAUUCUUUGGGCUGGAGUAGUCGUUGCAGCUCCUUUUUGUGAAGGAGUAUUACACAGACCCUUAAUCUGAGAGCAGCUGUUGUCUGUGUAUCCUUUUGGAAUGAACAGAAAUUUUGUGUAGCUUUCCUUCCCUGAGUAUGAAGAACUUGGGAUGGUUAUAUGCAUUUUAGGCUAGGGACAUUUUUACCUUUUACAGAUCUCUUUUAAGCCUCUAAUACUGCUAAUUCUUCAUGGCUUGAUUUCUCCCUCCUUUCCCUUCCCACCUCCCACAAGUGGUGAAUUAGUGAAUAAUUUAAAGCAUUUUUCUAAAAAACUUUUGAUUAAGUAUAUACUUUGAAAAGUACAGUGUGCUAUAAGCCCAGCAGCUAUCUUUCUGGGAAUAUUUUUAAUAUAAAUUAGGUAUUUAAAAAUGCCUCCUGUCAAAAAAAAAAAGCCCACCACGAACACCUAAAACCCUAGUCUUCCCCCCCGCCUUACCUCCCAUCUGUGUUGUAAGAACAGCAAUAUCUCAGGUAAACACAAAGCUCAAGAUGUCUCUCUCUCGCACACAUUUCUGCUGUUGAAGUCACAGUUGACGUUGACAAUUAUAACCACUAAGUCACUAUGCAGCUCAGGUCAGCAAUAACCAAAUGUGCAUUACCCUCUGGCAGUUGUUUUUGGGUUUUUUUUUUUCAGCCCGUGCAAAGGAGUUGCACGACUCCCAUUGCAAAAAGAGCGCUGGGCGGGACCUCACCCCUUGCGUUCCUCUUGCUCUCCGUUAUGUUCCUGGCAAUGACCUUUUGCUUGAAUUUGGUCGUCGGUGCAGGCGAUCCUGGUGCUUAGCAGUCUGAAAACCGAUAGUAAUUGCAUGCCGGUGACAAAAAUAUCUUACUCCCAUUGCAGCCAUGAGCGGUGUGAUGGACAAACUGACCACUGCCAGUACUGCAGUAUUUCUUUUGUUUUAAAGGAGUGUGCUUGAGAGAUGAACAGAUGUUAAUGAGUUGCCUGCUAUGGAUUAGUUUUCUCGAGAGGUUUUUUUUUUUUUUAAUGAAAUGGUAACACUAUUGAAACAAAAAUAUUCAAAGAUUGAAACAGGUUGUAGAAUCUCUGACUUCAGAGAGGCUCAAACGUGGCUGAACAGGUCCUCGCCCUGUCUGGGCUUGCUGGACCUGCUUUAGGCAGGGGGCUGGACCAGACAUCUUCAGGGAGCCUUUCUGAAGCACCUGGUUCUGUAGGAACCCUCCAAAACCAGCAGCAGUGAGCGUGAAAUGCUCCUUUUGGGAGGUGAAAAAUAAUACCAACAAAGAUAAAAUGCUUACAAGUUGUCUUUUGUUCUUUGUUGUGGGUUGUUUGGUUGGUUGGUUUAAUGUAGGAGAUAUAAUGCAGUAAUAAGGUUUGCUUGGUUUUGGAAAUUUCUGCUCCCGUGGCUGAAUACUAUAACAUGUCCACUCCACCUCUUCUGGCACCCAGGACACACAGUUGAGCUGGUCCUUAGGAGGAGAUGUCCCGUUGUGAAAUGUUGGAAGUAGGUGGAUUUGUCUCUGCCUUACAUGUUUGGCAUUCAAGAUAGCCCUAUGCAAUCUUAACACUUUCAGUUUGUAUAUAUGCACUGAGGUAUGGAGUGAGAUCACUUGUUUUUAUUAGAACUCAUUUUGGCUUGGUUUGGGUUAGAAUAUUUCAGCAACUGUAUUUGGUUUGCUGAAUUACAAUCAAUGAUCUUCCGUGUUACAGAAGCUUUGGCAUAUUCAUUUCCUUGUUCCUAGAUCUGUCAGGUUUUGGGUGAGUCGUUAGGGAAAGGUGGUGUGUCUUAAUCUGCUGGAGCCAGCAUGGAAAAUCUACAGGCAACUUUUAUUCUUCAAACAAGAAAUCCAUAAUAAGUAUUUUUGAUCUUCAUCCAGGCCUCCAGACAAUGUUCCCUGAUUGUAAAAGCAAAAAGGUUGUUAAGGUUUAGCUUUAAUUCUGACUCUCAAUAACACCUGCAGCCUUUGUCCAUUUUUAACAUAAGUUGUGUUCAGGUGAUAGUAUAUCACUUCUUAUAACUAAGACAAGAGGGAAUAUUUCCACAAGGAUUUUAAAUUUAAACUUUUGAGGGGGUAGGUGUGGGGGUUUAGGUUUUUGUGUGCCUAGGUUACUUUUUGAAAAGAUUGAAGUUUCUAAUCGAGUUAAGAUGCUUCUGAAACUUUAGAUAAAAGUUUAAGAUGUACGUGCGCAAAGGCUUUCUAUUAAAUAGCAGAUUGUGAUCUGGAGGGCUUUGCGCAUUGGUACCAAUACUGUUUUCUUCACUGCAGCGGUAGAUUCCUCAAAUACGGCGGUCACCUGCGUCUCGCCUGUAGAAACCCCUGUCUUUCUCAUGCCAAUCAAUCUCUAAAAUUUAACUUGAGAGCAAGGAUAGGAGGAAGGUCUGCGCUAAUACACCCCCAGCCAAAUUUAGCAGAUUGCUCUAGGCUUUUUAGUGUACCUGCAGAUUGUUUCUUCUUGAGGAAGAACGUUGAUAUUUUGGGGUGAAAACAGGUUGGUUCUGCAGGUCGUGCUUAUUCAAAACUGCAAGGACUAGAAAUGCAGGACUGGGAGCUUUGGAGAUUUAGAUGGACAUACUUGCCUCUUGACGUAAUCCAGUAAGCAUCUCUGGUGGCAUAAAUAACCAUAAGGGACUUUUUUUUUUUAAGAGAUCUUUUACACAUUAAAGGAAUGUAAAGUUUUUCACUCAGUAUUUUUCACACUCGAUACCAGUGAAAAUGUGAAAAAUCACAUUUUUUUUCCUAUUAAUACUUUUCUCCUACAGUAGCAUCUCUUUUGGUGUAUUUAUCCUGGCGGUGUGGCGCACUCAAUUUUUUUUUUAACUUUUAUAUUACGUUUGGUAACAUGCUUCUUGAUGCAUACAUGCAGUCUUUUCUAAAGAAAACUUCAAGUAGAAGGUAAUUGCACUGAUUUUUUUUUAAACUCCCUUUUUACUGUAAGACUUCUUUUUUGCAUCUGCUGUUUGAACAUACUGUAAAUAGUGCUAUGUAUAGCAAAUACUGAAAUGCUGUGGAUACCAUUCCUUCUCGUUCUUAUAUUUUUAGAAAUACUGCCAUAUUUUACAGUAUUGAGAUACAAGCUUUGGUUUUAAAUGUUGUUAUACUUUCUGUUUGCAUUAUGGUAUGAAUCCAAGGGCACAGUUGCUUUAUUACAGUGGAAAUACUUAGGGUUCAUCUGAAUUUAUAAAAUAUUUCUUCCUUCUCUCUUGUAUGCACAUUUCUCCCACACCAUAAAGAUACAAAGACAGUUUUUAAGCUAUCACUGUGCUUGUUGUCUGUGCAACGUUCAAAUGCCAAUCUUUGAUAUCACUGUUAGAUGACUAAUAGCAUUAGCGUAAUAUCCGGACUAUCAGCUGUAGCUGUUAACGUGUUCUCCUUGCUUCUUCCAGCAUCUGAUUCUUGUAUUGUAUGAAGAAGAACUGGUCUGUGCAGCAGCAUUAGUUGAAUAAUAGGGAUUUGGGAUCCAAGUUACAAUGUCUUGCUCUCUGUCCCUCCACGGGCGUGGGAAUGCUGUGUGCGGUGCAUGUUUUAGUGCGCUGAACUAAGAAAUAGUGUUGCCUCCCUGAUUGCCCACAUGAGACAGCCAUCGAUCUCCUACCCAUCAGUAAUUGCCUUUUGCUUCUGUAACCCUCGGGGACAGGAGAGACCCAGACUCGUCCAGCGUUAGGAUGCGAAACAGCAAGUUUUGCCUCCUGUUUGUGAGGGUUAAUGACUGGAAAGAUGCAUUCCUCAGAGGUGGUUUUAAUCCGAAGGAUAUGGGGGGGACAGUUUGUGUGUGCUUGGUGUGGCAUAUAAUCCGUUUUAUCUCAUUUAGUGUGUUUCAGUUGCUUUUUCUGUGAUUGUUUUUUUGCCUGAAAUGUUAAUAUGAAUGUAAUGGCUUGGCCAAAUCACUACAAAAGGUGGUUUUGUAAUACUCUUCAGUUAGCAAGCAGAUGCAGUUUAAGGCUACCUCCUGUAUUUCUCCACAGAUGAGUUAAUUUUUAAAGUGAACCUACUACUAAGCAGCCAAAAUGCUCCCAAACGAACUGUAUUUUUACUGGUUUUGUUUCUUGCCGGAGAACUAGCGGUGCCAUACUGUGAUCUUGGACGGCUGCUCGUCGCUCCUUCUGUCUUCCUGAGGCAUAGAUGUGGCUUGUGUUGUGUGUUAAGGUAUCAGAAAUGGCGAGGCAAAUCGCACAUCUGGCACGUUGGCUUUUUGGUCAGGAUUACUCGAUAGCAGCGACUCCCUCUAUAACCUGUCCCUGCACUCACUGAAUUUGUAUACUGUUGUUUCCAAUGAAAAAUGUUUUCAUACUUUAGCUAUUGGCUGAAAACUGUCAUGCUUUCACUGAAAAGGACAUGAAGGUGCUUGAAAUAUAUUUCGAAUCCGAGGCAAAAAUUAUGUAUUGUAGUAUUUUUUUAACAUAUUUUUUAGAUAAGUUGGCAUAAGACUGUAACAGUAAAAAUACUAUAUUCCCUGAUCAGAUCAUAAUAAACUUAAAAAUGGAGGGAAACCCCAACAAAACACCAAAAAACAACCCCCAACCUUGAGUUUGUUCAUAUUGUGAAUAUUUAGCGUCAGUUACGUGCAAAGCCUUGGUCGUAACUCAGCCUUGAAAUAAGUGCACGCAGCCUAAAGGUGCUUUAAACGACCUGAAAUGAAACUGUAGAAAACUGUGUUAAUACAUCAGAUUUUGUUUACAAGGAAUCCAGACAAGCUUCCUCAUUUUAUAAUUAACCACUCUGCUGACAGAAAUGCUACCUGUUUAAGCACAACGCGCUGGUGUGGUUUCAUAGCAGUGUUAUAGAUUUUUUUUUUAAAUUUAAAAGUAACUGCGCUUUAUGCUACAGAUGUUGGCAUCUCAGAAGCAAAUUUGCUGGGAUUAUACGCUACCUGCAAUUUCAUUCUCUUAAUCUUUGAGCGUAGACACUAAGGAAGCUUAUUGAUGGCAGGGAGGAUUGCUGAACUGACUUUCUGGAAGCCGAUUCUUCUCGAGUGAUGAAGAGUGACUGAAUAACUAAGCUCGCUAAUAACUGAACGGGGUAGAACCCCACAUUUUUUGUUCAGGUCUCAGUUAUAAUUUAACAAAGCUCCCCGCAAAAGCAUGAAGCGCAGGGUUUUGCUCUAGGCUAAAUGGCUGCUUUUCAUACAAUAUUUCACUACUUCUUACAUGAUGGAUCCAUAGACACUAUUGCCGUUGCUGUGGCCUGGGAGGGGUUUCACUGUGCAGGCAUGCUGAACACGCUUCUCCGUGAGCAUGUCCUUGUAAAGCAACCAGAAGAACGUUGUGUGCUUUCUAGACUUGGUCUAGAAGGAGCAUUGGGAAGUUUUAAGUGAGGAAAGAGUCCUUGGCCAGCUGCUUGUCAUGCCUACAUCAACGAGAAACCCCAUCUGCAUUAUGCCAGCUACCCCAUCCCAUGUGGAAAUGAGAUAAGGAGGCGAGGGAAAACGUUUUCUUGCAACGCCGCUAAUUAAUCUCUUGUUAAGGUGACAGUUAAAUAAUACUCUCUUGGGUUUCCUUUUGGCUUCCCUGUGAGAGGCCCCUGAGUGCAGCCAGAGGUGUGGCACAGCCCCUCGCAGAUCCCCCACCCCACACAACAUCCAUCGGCCCCCUCCCAAAAAGGGGAAUACUGGUAGGCCGUUCCCUCCAGUUGACUUCUGGUUUCAGCCCUCCGUAUCUGAGGGCUUUGGGCUUGGUUGGAGCAAGGACGGGGCCAUUCGCUGAACUUGGAGGUGUGAGAGGUUGGCAAGCGCUAGUCUUGGGAGUUUUGCACGUGGCAGCGCUGCGGAGGUGGACCCGCAGCACAAGAUGAAGCCUGGCUACUCCCUCCCUUCUAAAUCUCCUCAAAAGAGUAAUUGCUUUGAAUUUGUCCAUGCGCUGCCUCAACAGAUGCAUCUUAAAACUACCUGUGGUUACUCUUCAACCAACUAACCUACUUCAGUUGUUUUGAAGAGCCUAACAUUCGCAUUAUAAAUCUGUAUUAAAGCGCAUACUCAUUUUUAGACGGCUGUUCGGAGCACACAGGUUUUCUCCCCCUCCUCCCGUCCUACACACACACUUUGGAUGUGCUGUUGUACUGGUCUGCUUCAGUUUGGCUAUUUUUUCCCCCCCUUCUCUAAGUACAACUAAACCACCUGCUGGAAUAACUACUAUCUAAUCCUCAGCAGGGAUUACAGAUAUUGAAUAACCUGGGAGCAAACCUAGGAAUUGUCCCUGAAAUAGAAAUUUAAACUUUUCUGGCCACUUUAUGGGUUGUUUUUUUUUUUAAUGUGCUUGGCAAGCAUGAAUUGUGAAAAGGUCAGCAAGCGAGCUUGGGAGUUUCUAAUCCCCUGGCUGGUGCUCUUUGUAUUUGCUUUGUUAGGUUAGAUUUCCUGUGAGAGAAAAAAAAAAAUUCAUUUAAUGUGGACUCUAUUCUGUAUUUUUCAGCUUUUCCUGUUUUUUAAAUCCUUGAAAAGAGGAAGCUUCACUCAUGCCAGUAUACGUAAAAUUGCACAUUUUUGCUUGCCGUGUACUUGACUCAAAGCAGAUCUGGUCUGUGCUUUAUGGGCACCCCAAAAAUCUCAGCUACUUGAUCAUGUGCUGUGGGUAGGAUCAAACCUAUCGUAUAUCAACAUAAUAUACAAAGAAGUUUGUUUCUAGAUUUCACCAGAGUUAAUUCUGCAUCAAGUGUGAGAUGCUCAAUCCCCCUGUUUCUGUGCUAUAAAAAAUAAGAUGUCUACCCUGUUUUCUCAUGAACUUACCAAGCCUGAUCUCUUAAAUGGCUCAUCUCAUUUACAAUUUUAUUUUCAAGUAAAUAACAUGUCUCUAAUUACCUGACCGACUUGAAUCUUUAACUCAUCUUCAGUUGUCUGUCAGUGUUGAAUCCCCAGAAUGUCUCCCACCAAGAGAUUGUUGCUUUUUUCCCCAAUUCUUUAUUACCUAGUUUUGGGCAGUAGAAAUAAUUUGAGUAAAUAAUUUGAGUACAUUGUGGGGGGGGAGUGUUAGAUAUUAUGUACUUUUCCUUAAGAAAGUUUACUGAAGGAAUAAUUACUAGUAGACUGUUUGGGAAAGCAAGACAUUUGUUCAGGGGUGGGAAGAAAAGAAAGAAAAGAGGGGAAAAAAUAAUAGAACAAGUAAGCUUCAGAAUUACGUGUCUUGGAAAAUCAAAUUUUAAGUUAGGUGCAAUGGUGAAGUAUAGCCGGCAAAGUUACGUGCUGUCCUGAAGAUUCUCGCCAUUUAUUUUCUGUAGUUUGUUGAUACAGCUUAGUAGAUUUGAUAUAUCUAUGUAGGUGUGUAUAUCCAUGUGUGUGUGUAUCUGUAUACACACACGUACGUUAAAGGAAAGCGGGACUGUUUAUAGACUGUUUAUAAAAGAGAUAAUGGCAGUAUUUUGCUGGAAAUAAUAAGCACAAUUUCACUGGCUUCUGCAGUACUUCAUUAGUUUGUACAGUCACAAAAAUCUCAAAAUUUAGGGCUGUUCAUAAGUAAAGAUCCAGUCCCAGAUUUCUGUGCAGCAAAGUGGUUAACUUGGGAGGGUGAGAUGGAAAACAGAAUGUAUUGAUUAAAUCCAAUUUUUUUUCCCUUAAUUUUGGUACAUUGCAGAUUGAACUGACAUCUGUUAAGAUUUUAAUCUUUUGUUUAAUAGUUUUUGAUUUUUUUAUUUUUAUAAAAUAACUGAAAAAAAAAAGAACCAAAAAGCAAUUCAGAAAUUUCAUAUUGUAAAUGUUCCCUUGAAUCAAAAUGUUUUUAUGACCAUUUAAAGUUUGCUAUUUUUUGAGAAGAGAAAAAAAAAAAAGAAAUAUAACGAUGUUAAGGGCCUCGUUUCAAGUGGUACUAAAUGUAUGUUGACUAGUUUGUACGUGUGUUGCAUCUGUAUUAAAAUGUCUUGUGCUUGCAAUAUAUAAAUGAUGUAGUGCUGUUUGGGAAAGAGUAGCACUUGUGAUAUAAAAAGCAGACAGAAAUACCCUCAAAUUGACUUUUCAAUGCAUCAACAGCAUUAUAGAAUUUACCGCAUAGAUUGUAAGCAUCGUUUUAUGUUACUCCAAGGAUGAGGUUUCACGUAGGUGUGUAUAGUUUAAAUACAUUGUAUGUAUCUUGCUAACGUAGUUUAACAUUUGCAUGAUGCUGUGUGGCGAUGCCACUUUAAAUUAAGCCUUAACAAAACGAUCAAUUUGUCAGAUUUUUCUCAGAGUAUGCAAAAAUACUGUUUAAUGAGAGCAGGAUGUUCCUAGAAAGCAGAACUAGUAGAAAAUGAAGUUUUCUCACCUGAGAACUAAAGGGAAACUUGCAGAUCUGUAAUACUGUGACUGACCUUUUAGGCACUGGCUGUCACUGUUGCUCUCCAGAAACUGGGCUCUCGGACGUUUCUCUGGCAGUCUACCGAAAACGGGCUUUCUCAAAUCUCAGCUUUUUUUUAAUGUUGUCGUUGAACGUAUUCUCCUCCCUCCCCCUGUUAGGAAAUCUCUGCCUGAAGGAGGAUUGUGAUUUCACACUUAAAUUUACGUCGGGGGGGGGGGGGGGAAGCUGUUCUUGAGUUCUGCGCUUGCUUCGGAUAGUGCCAUCGUUUUCCACUUCUUACGACUGACAUAUAAUCCUUAAAACAUUUUAAAUAGAGGCAAAUAACAUGUUGGGGACCCAGCUUGCUUUUUUUUUUUUCCCGAUUUGGAUCUACCUCAUUUAAACAGUUGGGUGCUAUUUUCUCAAAUUGUCGAUGAGAUUGGCAAAAGCGACCAAACUGCGUGUGAUGACUGACCUCUUCGGAGGCAGCGUUCUGCGAACCAAAACCUCUGGGUUUAUUGUUCAGAGACAACAAUAUCGUAUUUGAGUUGUAUUCUUUGUGCCUUUGUGUUUUUUUUCCCCAGUGCAUAACAAUCAAAAGUCAUAUUCUUAAUUAAAAACAGCAAAUGAAUUUUAACCACAGAGUGUAAAAAAAAAAAAAAAAAAAGCCACAAAACAUAGUUUUAGCAAAUUUUCAAAUAUUUUUCAGUGUAUCAAGUCAUAAAAUGUACAGUAUCACAGCAGACCUAGGCAAAGACAAAUACCCAAUAAAGAAUUUUUUUGAAAUCUAUAAUCCCAACCCUGGAUGUAUACAUCUCUGUAUCUAUCAUGUAUGCAUAUAUACAUACACACGUAGUACACAAUUUUAUGUAUGUGCAUGUGUGUGUAGGUAUAUAUAUGAAAUGAAGCGAUACCUGUAAGGGUAAGGGAAUAAAAUGUCAUUGACUUUUCCACUGGUUUGUAUGUAACAGUUUACAACUAUGUGUAAGUUUUUCUACUAUGUGAACUUUUUUACUUAAAAAAUAAUUCCGUUUUGGAAAAAUUUAAGUUGUGAUAUGCUAUCAUUUUUUGAAGUUUAAAAAAAAAAAUUGACUUUUUACCAGUACCUAAUACAGAGGGAGAAUCUUUUCUGUAAAAUUGUAUUUAGUUUAAAUAUUAAAGAAAAAAAAAAAAUCUAUAUAUGGAAUUGUAAAAGUGCUGACAUUCCGUUGUGGCAGGACUUCAAAACUGUUUCCUAAGGCUUUCUGCUGCAGAGAGACUCGAACAAAAGGAAAAUGCCUCUGUUAAAUGUUUUUAUAAAACUGCUCCAUCAGGUCUAUACUUAAGCUAUAUUUUCUAAAGCCUAAUCAUCCUUUAAUAUGCUGCAUAUAAAUUAUCAGCAUGGUUGCACUUUCUCAAUAAUAAUGUAUGCCCUGCAAUUGGCUCACGAUAAGGACUUUAGUUUUUUAACAAAACAAAUAGUACUUUGGGCAGAAGGUAAUAUUUAUAUAGGUACCUCAAGAAAAAAAAAAAAAGAGCCUGAAUAUGCUGCAUUUUGUUCCUUUAACAUUUUUCAUGUAGCAUUUGUUUGAUUUAUUAUUUUUUUUUUAGUAGUAUUACUAGCUACCUGUUUUGCUUUGGGGGACCCUGUUAGCAUUUUAGACCGUUGUUUUCUGUUGAUCUCGUAGAAUGUAGUAUCCUUCCUUGGUUUCAUGCAGUAGUUCGGGAUGGGAUUUGCCCUGCAUCGUGUACGCAAGGGGGAGGGGGACCACGAGGAAAUAACGCUUUACGUAGACUUCGGGGAAAAGGAUACUAUAUUUCUAAAACGGACAAUACAUGUUCCUAAUCCUUAAUUUUUUUGUUUUUCUUUGCUCGUACUGCUUUCUUGACUCUUUUCUCAAAUACAAGUGUGGAGAGGGGCAGCUUAUUAACGGAGGAGAACCAAACUGACCAAACUUGGUCAGUGUUUUGGGGGUGAUGGAGAAGCGGCGAGACACGGGCUCGGCCGCGCUGCGCGUCGAAUUGCCCAAACGCCGGCUUCGGUAAGAGUUGCGCCCCAUGUCGGAGCAGGAUCCGUCCUGCUCUCUGGCCGCUUGCUAGUGUGGGUGCGUUGUCUACUUCUUCGUUUCCGAGUCAGUAAAAAUCUAAAAAUGUGCAGAGAUGGGGAAUUUCUUUGUUGAGAACUGUUGAAGGAAGCUUCAAAGGCUGUGAAAUUUGAGCAUUUAUUGUCAUGUUUUUAAGCUUAGGUGGGUCCUUUUCCAAGUUUGUUUUACAGCUUGCAAGGUAAAAUAGUUUGCACUACUUUUGCAAUAAACUCAUGAAAAACCUAACAGUUUCUGUUUUGGUUUCUUACUGUAUAUAUACAACUAAUACUAAAGAUUUAGCAUAGUGUUUUUCACCUCAAAACGUAAGACUUGUAACAAGCUCAGAAUGCUGUAAUUCCUGACAAAAUAAUGAUGUGAAUGAUAUUUUAUAAAGUUAUUUUGUAUGGUGUCAAUUUUGUUUUGCCUCAUAGUAUGUCAAUAAAAUAAAAUUCCUCAUCUUUA